GCUUCUCAGAACUCCAUUCAGUGUUCCUGAAGGCUUGAACAACUAUGACUGGAUGGACAGUGUUUGCACUGACGGUGGUGCUAUGGCACCUGGCCGAGUCUGCAUGUACCUCUUGCUCUAGCGGAAAUGGACGGAGGCAUACCUAUAGCAGCAGUAUGGACCAUCUCGAGAAUCCUCACCGGGGCUUUGUUGAUCAAAUCGUAGGAACUGCUUCUCACUUCGACCCACUCACAGUUUCACACCUGGACAGUGAGCGUAGGAGGUCGGGCAUGACGAUGGUAUGGAGGACAUACGUCUUGGACACAUUUCGUACUAAAGCAAUUAGCGCUGACUUCCUUCACAAGAUCCGAGUAGAUCUAACCAACGUCCACACAGCUGGUAUGACAGUAGUUGUCCGGUUCUGCUAUACCUUUCACAGGAAUCAACAUGCCCCUUAUGGCGACGCCACAGAGCAUCAGAUCCUGCAGCACAUCCAGCAGCUCAAACCAAUCUUCCACGACUUUGAAGGGGUCAUCACUUCAGUAGAGGCUGGCUUCAUCGGUACAUGGGGAGAAUGGUACUACACAACAUAUUUUGGUGAUCCUGAGCAUCGAAACUUCCACAUCGACCCUUACUAUGGCUACACUCCCCAGCAGUGGCAAGGGCGAAAGAACGUCCUCACUGCACUUCUCGAUGCUGUUCCACAGUCCAUUCAGGUCCAGCUGCGAUAUCCGGGGCAGAAGAUUGCCAUGUUCCAUACAACAAAGCCCAUCACAUAUGCUGAUGUCAACAAGAAUACCAAGUCUUACGUUGCCAGGAUCGCUUCUCACAACGACUGUUUCCUAUCAAGCGAUAACGACGUUGGCACCUACAAAAACGCAAGUAUUGAGAGACCCUACCUUGCAGCCGAGACUCGCUACCUAAUUAUUGGUGGAGAAACAUGCAGCCUCACCAAAAAUGAUAGAGACCACUGCCCUACAGCCCUGUCUGAGAUGAAGACUUUCCACUGGACGUGGCUCAAUCAACAAUUCGACAAGGAUAUGUAUAAUCUCUGGGCAAGGGAAGGAUGCUACGAAGAAGUCCACAGGAAGCUUGGCUACAGGUUACGGUUGACUGAGUCGAUCCUUCCAGACAGCGUGCAGAAAGGAGCAGACUUCUGCGUCCAUCUCACUCUCACUAACGACGGUUUUGCUGCCCCAGUCAAGGAGAUGGAUGUCACUCUUGUCAUGCAUGACAAGGCCAGUGGAAAAUAUUAUGGUACCCCAAUCACCAGUGUUGAUGUUCGAGUAUGGCAGCCCAAUGAGCAUCACACAAUUGCUACUUCUGUCAACAUCCCAACCAACAUCCCAGCUGGGCAGUAUGAUUUGUACCUGGCUAUUGGUGACAAGAUCAUGAAGCACGAGUCUGACUACUACGUCCUCCUGGCCAACACUGGGGGAGUGCCAGUUUACUCUGAAGGUCUCAAUGACCUGAAGCACACCCUGCACGUGAGCAGUUCACAUCAUUCCGGGUCCUCCUCAGCCUGUGCUAAAGUGGGGUCCUGGACUCCCCCGAAGAAGAGCAAGUACAACCGACUGUUCACAGUACAUGCAUAUGUGUCCAUCAUCGGCUGAGUGAACCUUCCUUGGAGUAAACAGUUGUUAAAAUUUC